AUGACGACGACGAUCUCUGAUCUUUCGAAAAAUUUGGUAGAGAAGAUACUCUCGAGGGUUCCGGAAACUUGUUUGGGAGCGGUGAGAUCGACGUGCAAACGAUGGAACAGUUUAUCCAAAGUUAAGAUGUUGUGCAAAGCAGAAGCAAGGCAUCAGUUUCUAGGGUUCAUGAUGAAGAAAAAUAAGCUUUGUUCAAUGAGGUUCGAUCUCAACGAAAAAGAAGAAGGAAGUGACGAAUUUGUGGAUCCAUCUAUAAAGGAGUUGGGUAAUUUUCUAAAUCAAGUGGAGAUAUCUAAUGUCUUUCAAUGCGAUGGCUUGUUGUUGUGCGUGACCAAAGAGGACAACACCAGGCUCGUGGUAUGGAACCCUUAUUUGGGUCAAACCAGGUGGAUCCAACCCAGAAACAAUUACCACACACUGGACAGGUAUGCUAUCGGAUACGACAAUAACCGUCAACACAAAAUCUUGAGGUUUUUGGAUGAUCAUGAAAUCGACAUGGAUGAUCAUGAAAUCGACAUGGGUGAUCAUGAAAUAUACAGGAAACACGUUUUUGGGUACGAAAUCUAUGCUUUUAGCUCUAAUUCAUGGAGGGUUCUUGAUAUCGCUCCCCACUGGGAUAUAGAUUCUUAUCAACGUGGUGCGUCUUUGAAGGGAAACACAUACUUUAUUGCUAAGGAAAAAAUAAUAUUUGAAGAGGAUGGAGAGAUACCAGAGCCGGCAGACUAUAUACUCUGUUUUGAUUUUACAACGGAGAGCUUCGGACAGUCUCUUCCUCUCCCGUUUCAGCAUUUUCGUUUCGAUGCUGGAGCUCUAUCUUCUCUUAGAGACGAGAAACUCGCUGCAUUAUAUCAGAGCGUGGAUAGAUCAGAGGUGGAGAUUUGGGUUACAACUAUGAUUGAGCCCAAUGCUCUGUCGUGGAACCCUUUCUUAAAAGUUGAUAUGAACAAACACUAUGGUUCUGGUUUUCAGUUUCACUAUGACGGUGGCAGUUUCUUCAUAGACGAGGAGAAGAAAGUCGCCUUGGUUUUUCACUUUGACGAAUCCGAAAUGACCCGCUAUGAGGAUGCAGCUUACAUCAUUGGAGAUGAUGGGUACGUUAGAAAAGUGUGUCUUGGCGAAGCUGUGAAUCAUGGAGCAUCUCUCAACUUCAGCGAAUAUGCGGCUUCUUGCCCACUUGUGUGUUGUGGCUCUUAUGUUCCAAGUUUAGCACAUAUCAACCAACUUGCAGGAUUCAAGAAGGAAAGAGAAGAAGAGGAGGCGAACCAACAACCACUCGCUAACAAGAAGACUCACUAUUAA